UUGCUAAGCGACGGCCCCAAACAAAACGCUUCCAUGGUAACCAGCUACAGGCCGCUGAAACACAACAGCUGAGUUGUGUGAAGAAAAUAAUACACCUCUUUUAAGUGUUACAGUCAUGGCUUUGCCAUUCCUACCCGGGAAUUCUCCCAAUAAACAACUGCUGAAGGAGAGAUUCCACAAAUCCCAACAUUUUGACUAUUCCAAUGGAGUCCCUAUGCUGGUGGGAUCUGCGAAGCCAGGCAUUGGAGGAGAGCUGUUAGUUGGCCAGAAGAUUAAACCAAAGUAUUCUGUCUACCCCAAAGGACAGGGCAGUGAUCUACCAUCAUGGGUAGCCUUUGACAAACAGGCUCUGUGUUUUGAAGCGUACUGUCAGGAAGCUGUGCCUGAGGCACGAGAUGAGACAUACAGAAUCAGGAAGUGUAAGAUCUACUUCUACCUGGAAGAUGAUACCAUACAGGUGGUGGAGCCGGAGUACAAGAACAGUGGCAUCCCUCAAGGAACAUUUAUUCAUCGCCAGCGUAUCCCACUGCCUCCCCCAAACGAUGACGAGUUCUACAACAUUUUCCAUUUCAACGUCAACCAACAGAUGGUGCUAUACUCACGCACAUUCACUGUGACCAGCUGUGACUCUUUUACAAGGAACUUUCUCACAAAACUUGGGGUGCGCGUAAAUAAUUGUACCUCUGUACCUGAUGACCCCUACAGCGACCUCCGGGAACAGACUGAGAAAAGUAUGAAGCCACUUCGGCCGUACGAGAGGCAUGACACACUGAAGCAGUUCCUGGACCAUGACCGCAAAGUCCUGCGCUUCUACUGCUUCUGGGACGACACAGAGAGCUUGUUCGGGGACCCCCGGGAGCUCAUACUGCACUACUUUCUGGCUGAUGACACAAUAGAGAUCCAGGAGAUUAUCUCGCCAAACUCUGGAAGAGAUACCGUGCCCAAAUUCCUACGCCGCAGCAAACUACCUAAGCGUGCUCCAGCCCAGAUGAAGCAGCCUGGAGAGAUCACGGACCGCACAGUGCUCAAUGUGUUUGCCUCCGCGAGUCAGGGAAAACGCUACAUACUGGACAACCUCAAAACAGGAGCUGUCCAUGAGGAGUUUUACAAGGACUGUGAUCUGACUCUCGGUGGGGAGGUGAACGUGUGGGGCAGACGAGUGAUCAUCACUGACUGUGAUGACUUCACCAAAGACUAUUACCGCUCCAAAUACGGCAUAGAGGACUUCACCCCAGUGCAGUACAAAGCUCCCCCGGCCCCUAAGCCCCCGAGGCCUGUGCCCCCCUACAACGGCUUUGGCUCAGAGGAGGACUCGCUAAGCUCCUGCCAGGGCCUGCUGCCCAAGCCCCCACAGAAAGAUUUCCGCAAAUUUAUGGAGAAAGACAGAUGUGGCCUAGACAGUAAUGUGCUGAAUUUCCGUGCCAAGAUGGUGACCACCGAUCCAGUUGACAGAGACAGGGUGUUCAUCAUCUCCUUCUACCUCUGCGAUGACUCCAUCAGUGUGUUUGAGCAUCCACAGAGGAACUCAGGUGUGCUUGGUGGUAAGUUUCUGGAGCGUGGUCGUGUAAAGAAGCCAGGCCAGGAGCUGUUUAAGAGCGAGCUGUCUGAGUACUUUACAGCUCAGGAUCUGUACGUCGGAGCUACCCUCUGCUUCAACAAUAAGCACUUCCAACUUCUGGAUGCUGAUGAAUACACCUUCAACUACAUGGAGCAACAUGCUGUGGAGUUCCCCAAAGCCAACGUGGGAAACAUCCUCAGUAAACUACGGUCCAUUCCGGAGGAGAAACAGAGUGAGAUCAGGAAGUUUCUGACUCUCAGUGACCCCGGAAACACUGGCUUCAUCCCUUAUGAGUCGUUCAGGGGCCUGCUGAUGGGCCUGGACUGCGGCCUGGUGGAGCAUGAGGUGCUGGUGCUGGGCCGAUGCUUCUCGGAGCGCAAGCAGCCUGAGGUGGACGUGGGCCUGAUGCUGGCUGUGGCCCAGGACUUCCUCAAGAAGAAGCACUUUGAAGAACUCCCUGACAUGGCCAAAGCCUUCACACACCGCGACCAACACAAGACGGGCCGUCUUUCUACCAAAGAGACAAGGACCAUCUGUAAGGCCUUCAAGCUUCCCCUGCCUGAGAACCUGCUGGGAGGUCUGCUCAGCAAGUUUGCAGAUGGGGACGAGAUUGACUACCAUGCCUUCCUGGCUGGCAUUAACAGGGAUGAGCACCGUGCUCCCCCAGUAAUGCCCGAAGACAUCUUAAAGUUUGAUGUGAAUGCGAGGUUUGACGCCAGUGGGGCUAUAGUGAAAAACGUCAACUACUCUUCCCUUCUGGGGGAUGUGUUCAGCUUUCCCUCCAACAACGGUGACCCAACAACCACCAUCUCAACACAGACACAAAGUGGGAGGUGAAACAGUUUCGCCUCACGAACACUCGCACACGCUACUUGUUCCUCAAUUAAAGAACAUGGUACAUCA